AAAUAAAAAUAGAAAUAGAAAUAAAAAUAGAAAUAGAAAUAGAAAUAGAAAUAGAAAUAGAAAUAGAAAUAGAAAUAGAAAUAGAAAUAGAAAUAGAAAUAGAAAUAGAAAUAGAAAUAGAAAUAGAAAUAGAAAUAGAAAUAGAAAUAGAAAUAGAAAUAGAAAUAGAAAUAGAAAUAGAGUGAAAAGAUUAAAAUCUCGGACCAUUUUUUCCAACAUGAUUAAACUGCGUCAAGAGUUUACAAAUUCGGACGAACGUUACCUACGUGCCAAUUUUAAUGCCCUGCUAUUAAAAUACUUUAACCAAACCCAACUUUCUAACACUUAAUAAAUCCCUUAAGUAUAGAUUUUGCGAUAAUAGAAGUUUCCAUUUCACAAAAUUCAGUCUUUAGUCAACCACUAUUCAAGAAACUACAAAAAUGUUUUUACGUACAAUAACAUCCAAAUUUUAUUCAGACCAAAUUGUGUGGCGUAAUGUUUUUCUUUUGCUCAUUCUCCACAUUAUUUCUCUGCAGGGUUGGUAUUUUGUUCUGACAACAGCGAAAUGGCCCACACUAAUUUACGGGUUUAUUUUCGGGGCCUUGACUGGCCAAGGAAUCACAGUGGGGGCCCAUCGCCUGUGGGCCCAUCGUUGCUACAAAGCGAAGCUUCCUCUAAGAAUAUUUUUGUGUUUUUUGCAAACUGUUACUUUACAAAAUCCCCUGUAUGAAUGGGUGAGGGACCAUCGAGUCCAUCACAAAUAUACCGAUACCAACGCAGACCCACAUAAUGCAACCAGGGGAUUUUUUUUCUCACACAUGGGUUGGUUGUUGGUACGUAAACACCCAGAUGUCAUUGCGAAAGGAAAAACAUUGGAUUUGAGUGAUCUCCAAGAAGAUCCUGUCGUUAUGUUUCAAAAAAAGUACUACAAAAUUAUAGCCCCGGUCUUGAGCCUUGUCAUACCAGCCCUAAUCCCAUGGUACUUUUUUGGAGAAGAUUUAUACGUAUCAUGGGUUACGACAUGUGUGCUUCGCUACGUCAUUACCCUGCAUUCCACAUGGGCUGUGAACAGUGUGGCCCAUAUCUGGGGCACAAAACCAUACGAUAAAAACAUUAAACCUACAGAAAAUAUCGCAGUGGCAAUUGUUGCCUAUGGAGAAGGUUGGCAUAAUUACCAUCACGUUUUUCCAUGGGAUUAUAAAGCGGCUGAGUUGGGAAACUACAGAACAAAUCUUAGUACUGCUUUUAUUGACUUUAUGGCAAAAAUUGGAUGGGCCUAUGAUUUGAAAAGUGUCUCGCCUGAAAUGUUGAGAAAACGGAAAAUGCGGACCGGGGAUUGUGAUUAUUAAAAAAAAAAUACAAAAUGUUUAAUCUGUGAUUAGGGAAAAAAUUGUAUUAUUUGUAAUUAUAAU